AUGGCUGACACCAUGACCACCGCGCUGUACAUCAUCGUGCUGGCUGCCUGGUUUUUUCUCAUGUGCGUCAUUCUGCGAUGCUGCUCGGACGGGGAGCCCCAGACCCUUUUUUUCGACCUGGACCCAGAGAUGAACCUGGCCGUCGCUGAGUCUCACCGGAAGCCUUCUGUGACCGCCGUCGUCGAUGGGGAACCGGCGAGGUUUGCGAGGGUGCAAGUCUUGGGCGCCGCCGCCACUGCCGAAGAAGGAAAAGGAGGCACGCGGCACGAGGACCUGACGCUUGACGGCCUCGAGAUCCCGGCCGUCACGGGCCGGACCGCGGCGGCGGGCGACGACCUGCCGGCCGCGCAAGAGGUCUGGUCACCCAUCCUGGCCCUGCGAACAUUCGUCGAGCCGCUCACCUCGAGGGCCUCGGCGGCCUUCCGAAAUUUCCACGUCUCGUUUUUCGAUGGCCAGGAGGAAGUAGGGGGAGUCGUGACAGGGGGUGCGAGCGGAGACGGUGGGAUGGCGGCGAGGGCGGAGGAAGAACGGUCUUCGGUGGCUGGUACGGCGAGCGGCGGCGGCGGCGCGGCCGCACCCGAAGCGGUAAGGGUGGCUUCCGCGGAACGGUGCUGGCCGGCGGUACCGGGGGGGAUAGAAUUUGCGGACGUGUCGAACGAGCACGAAAGAGCGGCGGCAGCGGAAAGAGAAAGGGCGGCAGGAGAAGGAGAAGAGGAGGUGAAAGUCGCGGACACGGGGGAGAUGUCCUCGGACGGCGACCUGCAAGAUAGUCAUCGGGUUGCGGUCUGAUCGAUCAUUCGGAACCCCGCUCUGUCUUGCAACUGCGGCGUUGCUGCCCGUUUACGAGGCUGGCAGGCCGCGCCUGGACCUCGAUCGUGAGAGAUGGGCUGACCGCUGUUGUUGUCGCCGAUUUCUUCUCGCCGUUGUUGUGACAUCUCACACAUCACUCAAAGUUGUAGAACCGAACCGAAUGUCCAAAGCUUUGCGGUCGUGGACGCUGUGCUGCUCAGACAGGACGACACCCUGCUGCUCAGAGCGACAAAGCACAUCGAUGCGCGCUCCGAAAUGUACUGUAUCCAUUGAUGUUUGUUUGUAUCUUGAGGCUGAUUUGUUUGAGAUUUGGCGAUGGGAGCCAUGUGUUGUUCAGAAGAUGGAAGUUAAUGGGGUAGCGAGUGGCGAGAGGAGCUCGUGUGUUUGUUUUUUCGUCUCACGUAUUCUGGGCUCCAGCCUACACCUUUCGGAAUAGCUUUUGGAGCACCAGCCGGGGUCACGCAAGAGGAAUUUCCUCGCCGUUCCUCCUGCGGCGCUUGGCUCCAAUACUUAACACGAGAGCGUGCCGUGAAACAUGAGUAGUAUAGUUACCCCUGUCUCGAUGGCUUGCGUCGAGAGAGAAAGUGGUCUUGCUUUGUUGUGGGUGGUCGGUGCCUGUUUCUUCUGUGUUUUUCUGUGUAAAUUUGUCAAUUUCAGACAAGCGUGGUAUGUAUGUGUUGAUUGUGUAUAGAGUGGGGAAGGGGGUACCCUCUUGUCGAGGCAAGUAGCACGCUGCUUGCGGUAUGUAUGGGGAGAGUUGUAGCUGUCGCGGGGACACGUGUAUCAUACUUGACAAGUGCCACCAAAGCUGACGGCCGAGGCCGUACCAUCUAGAACCAAUGAGACAAAGGGACGGUGGUAAGAACAGCAGUGGCAGUCGCACUGUGGUGGGUUAUCAGACCCGCUUCUCCCUUGCAAUGAAGCGCGUGGGGGGGGGGUGUUGUUGCCUACCACUGCCAGCCUGCCGUAUGCACAAGAGACAGUGGUUGAUGCAUAGCGUUGGGUCGGUAGCACUGUUGCGCGAAACGGCGUAGUGGCGAUGUUGGCAAUGGGUCCGUGCUUGCGUCCGUCCGUCUCCACAGCUUACCACAAAGUGAGCCAGUGUCUGGCUGACCCACCGAUAAGAUCGUCGUGGUGUGGUGUUGCUUGUGCGUGUGUGAAUAUUAUGACAACAUGGUGUUGGUUGUGUAGAGGUACAGUUCGUCGUCGUGCAAGCAAUUUUUUUGGGUCCUCUCCAAAACUGUCCCAUGUUCGUCUCUAUAUCCUUGGUUUACUACGGUAGCUAUUUCUUUACUACUCUCUCAAGUGCAGGGUAUGCAUUGUAAUGUCGAAUCUCAAUUGAUUUCAAGGUUGUUUUGCUUGAGACGUCGGGCGGUCGAUACUGAUACACGGGCCUCCCCCGAACUCGGGCAUGUGCGGGUUACCAAGCGUUGCUUUGGUGGUUUGGGGUAUGUAUGGCAUCGCGGCCCUGGUGACGUCACCGCCGGCUAAGGAUUUUGCCCAGGACCCUACAGUAUUAAGUUUUCGACGGCACCAAGUUUUUCUAGCUGGAAAACGACGGCCUGUGGCAUCCCCUCUCCCUUUCUUUCACCGUCUGUUUUUGAUGGAGGGACCUUUGGAAUUUGGUUGUGUUGAUGAUGACAAGGCUGUUACAAGCGAUUCGCUAGCACCCCACUCGAAUCACCACCGAUAACCAUCGGGCAGGUUCCAGAACGGCGGGUGGGUUGCCGAAUGGAGUUCAUCAUGCAUUUGUUUUCUCUUUGUUCUUUCGUUUGACCGUGAAAGAACCGGGGGCCGAGAACGCACGUGCCUACCACUAUCCUGCGUUAGUGUU